AUGGUAGAAAACGGAAGGGAUGUUGGGGAGCUUGAGGAGCUCGAAACGUUGCUGGAUGAGAUCCCUCACGCAACAUCACGCAUUCCUGUUCAUCUUUAUCAUCGCCAUCGAUAUGUUCGUGGUGAUGGCGAUGAUCAUGGCUCUUUUGUAACAAAACAGGCAAACCGUGGAAGCAAUAAUGGUAUGUGCUAUGAUGAUGACCCUUCAACUCAGAUUAAGUUUUCGUGUGCAUCAUCCACUGUCAGUGGAUUCUCUCUGCAAACUAAUGGCUCUUCCUCAAGCUUGUUCUCUGGUGGCCAUUCUUUAUCUGACACUGGAUCACCAACCCCACCUCCGUUGGAGGAACUUAAAUCCACCAUGCCUUGUGGAAGCUCCUUUCACCCCAACACUUUCUGGUUGGAUUCCAAUAUGCCUGAUUCUACUGUGACUGUGAGGGAGAAUGCCGGUGGGACCUUGGUUGAUGAACUAGGCCUCUGUGCUAAUUUGAGUAAAAUGUACAUUGGCAAUCAACAUGAGAAUCCUAAUGGCCUUCCAUAUCGUGGAAAUAAUCCAAUCAAUGUUCACAACAAUCAUGGUGGUUAUGACAAUUUCAUGAGAGGAUCUUUUGAUUCUGUGGGAUUUCAAUCCCCUUUCCUCAGGAGUCCUAUCAGUCGUGGGGCUGAAAUGGAUUCAGCAUUGAUAGGAUUAACCCAGGGUUAUAACAGAGCUAAUUUACUUGGAUCACUGCCAUGUCCUGGGUGGCACGACACUAUACACUCUCAAUUAAAUGGCUUUAGUGGUUCAAUGGAUUCUCCAAGGCACGGAAGGCAGCUUAUAAAUAACCACUAUUGUAGAGGAAAUCUGGCACCAGAGCUUGUUGCUUCCUUGAGCAGAAAUCCAGCACCUGAUGCUUCAAUUUAUGCACCGAUAUAUGGACUGAAUUUAAUGGAAGAAAGAGGCAUGUCAAGAUUGCCUAACUAUCCCCCUUGUACUAAUUUUAGCCCUCAUAUGAGUGUUCAAGAUUUAGAGCAGUAUAACCUUCCUCUGCCUAAUGCAAGAGCUGUGCCACCUUCAAAUGCUAGAAUCCCGCAAGGAAAUCUAGAUGCUAUUACAAGUGAGGGGAGUUUCAUCAUACAAGGUGAAGGUUUGAAUUAUGUUGUUAACAAGGGUUCAGAUAGUUCAAUGUGUCAUAGAGCUAUGCGUGAAACUACCUUUGCUAAGCAUCCACAAAGGUUAGGGCUAGACAACCGGCACCGGGUUGUAGGAAUUUGUGAAAAUCCUAGGAGUCUGAGGAUUGGUUGCUCAUUCCCUCUGCUAUCCAAGUGUAAUUCCCUAGCAGAAGCUCGAGGUUGCAUAUAUUUCAUUGCCAAAGAUCAGCAUGGCUGUAGGUUCCUGCAAAGAAUGUUUGAUGAGGGUACACCAGGAGAUGUUCAAGUGAUAUUUAAUGAGAUUAUUAAUCAUGUAGUGGAACUUAUGAUGAAUCCUUUUGGAAAUUACCUUAUGCAAAAGUUAUUGGAUGUCUGUAAUGAAGAACAGAGGAUGCAGAUCAUACGCAUGGUUACUGAGGAGCCAGGGCAACUUGUCAAAAUCUCUUUAAACACUCAUGGCACUCGUGUGGUACAGAAGCUGAUUGAGACUCUCAAAACUAGGCAGCAAAUUUCAUUAGUUGUAUCUGCUCUUGAACCAGGAUUCUUGGCUCUAAUCAAAGAUCUCAAUGGAAAUCAUGUGGUUCAGCAUUGUUUGCAAUGCCUAAGCAAUGAAGAUAACAAGUUUAUAUUUGUUGCUGCUGCGAAGUAUUGCGUUGACAUUGCAACCCAUCAACAUGGAUGUUGUGUUCUGCAAAGAUGCAUUGGCCAUUCAAGUGGGGAGCACAGAGAAAAACUGGUUGCCGAAAUAUCUGCUAAUGCACUACUGCUAGCUCAAGAUCAAUUUGGAAAUUAUGUUGUUCAAUUUAUCUUGGACUUAAGGAUUCCAUCUGCCAUCGCAACUCUAAGCUGGCAAUUUAAAGGUAACUACGUGCACCUGUCGAUGCAGAAGUUCGGUAGCCAUGUGGUAGAAAAAUGUCUUGCUGUAUUCAACGUUGAGAAUCAAUCAAGAGUCAUUGAUGAACUGCUCUCUGCUCCCCGCUUCGAACAGUUGCUUCAAGAUCCACAUGCAAAUUAUGUUGUUCAAUCAGCUCUUCGGCUUUCUGAGGGCCGUGUGCAUAAUUUACUAGUUGAAGCAAUUGAGUCCCGCAAAGGAAUAUCACGAAAUUGCCCGUAUUCCAAGAAUAUUUUCUCUCAGAAGCUUUCGAAGAAAUGAUGUACAUUCUCCCCU